ACACAUUCGUCCUAUCCACCCUCGUGCUACACCUACUUUGCUGUUAAACAUAUACCUCAACAAUCCAUACCAUCCAAUAACCGAGCAACAUCGUUAAUAUGGAAGCUGUGUCGACUUCUGUGGAAAUUGGAAGCGAGAAACCGCGGAGCCGGGUGAGUGACGGGUCUAGACCGCAGCUCACUGCUGCGGAUGUGAUGUUAAUGGAAAAGGUGCAGACGGGCUACACGUACCCCGAGACGCCCGCUGAGAAGGAUGCGACAGUGGAGGAGACGAUUCUCGAGAAGCUCGACUCGUUUCUCGAGCUCUUGGAGACGCGGAUGAACACAUUUGAAAACUACUUUAAAUCGAACGGGGAUUCCACGGCAAAGACGGAAGUCCGGGAUGAAAGCAUGGCCAGUUUGGAAGACUUUUACGAAACGUUAAACUCUGUGAAACGGUCGAUCAUCGGUCCGGCUUCUUUGCGUAUCGAGGCGCUUUCCAAGGUUUUAGACGACCAUUAUGGCUCACUCUUUCCCUCCCAGGCGUCGUCUUCGCUCAACGUCAAGAUCCUCAUGGGGUUGAACUUCUUGGAUGCCAAGAUUUCCCAGCUCGACAGUCUCAUGAACAAUGAGAACCACAAGAUUAACUUGGUGAAUAACGAAAUCGCCGCCAUCCAGAGCAGAAGAGACCCCCAGAGCGUGAACUACAACCUCGAGAAUUGCAUCCGGUGGGCACAGACCCGCUACCUAAACUACUAUGAGUUACCCCUCCCGUGGCGUGAAAACAAGUACAUCGUCGACGGCUAUCGCUUUAACGACACAAAAACCUCCGCCUGCAAAUCCAUGGUUUGUUUGCACAACGAAACGAUCAACAUCUGGACACAUUUGGUUGGUUUUGGAAUUAUGCUCUGGGUCUCCGUGUGGCACUUUCCGUCCACUGCCGUUUUCCAGACCAACUCUCUCUGGGAUAACCUCGUCUUCUACAACUUUCUUGUAGCUGCGAUGAUCUGCCUCGUAUCCUCUGUUUUCUGGCACACCUUUGCCAGUGCGUCCCAGCUCACGUUCCGCAGCAACUGCGCGUGCGUGGACUACACGGGGAUCACCAUCUUGAUCACCGCCUCGAUCAUCACGACCGAGCACGCCGCGUUGUAUUACUUCCCUAUCAUCCGCACAAUCUUCAUGACUUUCUCUGUACUUUGCGGGGUAUUUGGGCUUGUUUUCAACUGGACCCCGUACUUUGACAAGCCCGAGAGCCGCCCGUUGCGUAUCGGCUUCUACGUCUCUUUAGCUGGCUUGGGCGUCUGCGCCGCGAUAUGUUUAAUGUUCUACCGAGGUGUGGUUCAUUCCUUAAUCUACUACGCUCCGUUGGUCAAGAGCUUUGCCAUGUAUCUCUUGGGCGUGGUGUUCUACGGCUGCUUAAUCCCUGAAAGGUGGAGAUCCGACUACACGAUUUUCACCGAGGCAGCAUUGAAGAGACAGGAGGAGAAUGACGUCUGCGAGGAAAUGGAGUAUUUGAACGAACUUGAGACGCUCGUAAUUCCUGUGGAGAGCUACAGCGACCCAACAGAGGUGUUUGCGUUGAGUGAGCACGAUGUGGAUAAGUUUUUUAACAAAAAGUUGAUCAAAAUGCCUCACGCGCACUCCUUCCGCUCGCUCUGGUGGGUCGACUACUACUUGUCAUCACACAAUUUGUGGCACUUGUUUGUAUUGUUCGGCAUUCUUGGCCACUACGGUGGCGCGCUCGAGAUGUUUGGAAAUAUCCGGAGCAAUGCCUAGAUUCACCAGAUGUUUUACCAGAUGUAUUUACCAGAUGUAUUUGCACCGGAUUUAUAUUUAUUAGCAAAGUACGCGUAAAAUGGUAAAUAAAUAUAAUUUAGAGUAAUCCCCCAAUAUAAACAUCUUUCCCCUGUC